AUGCCUGAUCCAGCUAAACCUGCGCCGAAGAAGGGCUCUAAGAAAGCCGUGACAAAGUCCGCUGGCAAAGGAGGCAAGAAGCGUAAAAGGACCAGGAAGGAGAGCUAUGCCAUCUACAUCUACAAAGUCAUGAAGCAGGUCCACCCCGACACCGGUAUUUCUUCCAAAGCGAUGGGCAUCAUGAAUUCCUUCGUGAAUGAUAUUUUUGAACGCAUCGCCGGAGAAGCCUCCCGCUUGGCUCACUACAACAAGCGUUCCACUAUCUCUUCCAGGGAGAUCCAGACUGCAGUGCGUCUGCUUCUUCCCGGUGAGCUGGCCAAGCAUGCCGUGUCCGAGGGAACAAAGGCCGUCACCAAGUACACCAGUUCUAAGUAA